UUUGUGUAUGUGCUCUAACUCCCGGAGAGCAAUCAGGGAGACGGCUCCCCGGCCGGACUUGGCUGAUGUUUUCUUGUUUCUGUUUCAGCCUUCAGGAUAAUUCCUUCAGCAGCACCGCUGUAACAGAGUGUGACGAAGACACAGUCUCUCUGCAUGAAGAUCAGACUGACUGCUCUAGUCUCAGAGAUGAAGACAAUAAAGAAAAUUAUCCCGAUGCCGGGGCUCCGCUAGAGGAGCCCGUGCCGUCCCGCGAGCCGCCGCAGCAUGUAGAGCAGCCCGCGAGGCUGGACGUGCUGCGACCCAGCAUGGGCAACUUCAAGUCCCGGAAGCCCAAGUCCAUCUUCAAGGCCGAGAACGGGAGGAGCCACGGAGAAAGUCAGGAGACAGAGCAUGUGGUACCCAGCCAGUCAGAGUGUCGGGGGAGAACAGGAACGCCAGCUCAGGACAGUCCACAGAACCACACCUUCAGGUGCCAAGAAACCGUGCGAGCUCAACGAAGAAUAGACCAGAGGGCAGCCGUGUGGCCAAAGGAUGAAACUCGGCAGGACCUCAGUGAGGAAGAAGCCGCUCAGGUGCACGGAGUCAAGGAUCCGGCCCCAGCAUCCAGCCAGAGUGCACCUGCUGAGGGGACAGAUGCCACAGACCCUGUGCCGGCGCACAAAGAUGUGCAGAAUGGAGCGGACAGCGCGCCAGAAGACCUCCAGUCUGUUGAGACUAGCAGGCUGCUCUGUCACAUCACUGAUGGUGACAACCCGCUUCUGUCACCACGAUGCUCCAUCUUCAGCCAAAGCCAGAGAUUCAACUUAGACCCUGAAUCAGCCCCUUCUCCACCCAGCACUCAGCAGUUUAUGAUGCCCCGAAGUUCUUCACGGUGCAGCUGUGGUGAUGGCAAAGAGCCACAGACCAUUACCCAGCUCACCAAGCACAUCCAGAGCCUCAAGCGGAAAAUUCGGAAAUUUGAAGAAAAAUUUGAACAAGAAAAGAAAUACCGGCCUUCACAUGGUGACAAGACAUCUAAUCCUGAAGUCCUGAAAUGGAUGAAUGAUUUGGCUAAAGGUCGUAAACAGCUCAAAGAACUAAAGCUGAAGCUGUCAGAAGAACAAGGGAGUGCUCCCAAAGGCCCACCUAGAAAUCCAUCCUGUGAGCAACCCGCAGUCCCCCGAGAGAAUGGGAAGCCGGAAGCUGUGGGCCCUGAGCCAGGCUCCUCUGGAGAGGAGACUCCAGAUGCUGUGUUGACAUGCGUGAAGGAGAAGAGAGAGCAGCUUCCUUCUCAGGACGUUUCUAAGGUAACUAAGCAAGACAAGAACCUCAUAAAGCCUCUUUAUGACAGAUACAGAAUUAUCAAGCAAAUCUUGUCCACGCCUUCCCUUAUUCCAACAAUUCAGGAGGAAGAAGACUCUGAUGAAGACUGUCCACAGGGAAGCCAACAACCUUCUUUGCCAAACCCAGCAUCCCACCUUCCUAUUGGCGACCACCUCACCUACUCUAAUGAGACUGAGCCUGUUAGGCUCCUGCUACCAGAUGAAAAGAAAGAAAUCAAACAACCAGCUCUCUCCAUGUCCAGUUUACAUGAGGCCACCAUGCCUGUACUUCUUGACCAUCUCCGAGAAACUAGGGCUGACAAGAAGAGACUUCGGAAAGCCUUAAGAGAAUUUGAGGAACAGUUUUUUAAACAAACAGGAAGGUAAGUGUGGGCAGAGAUAUUUUUUAAGCUAAUAUUUCCUAGAGAACUGCUGUUAAGAGUGAGCUGUAAUGUUUUCAGAACAGUGACUUUAUACAAGACAUAAAUAAUUUCCAAAGUGACUUAGACCCAGGAUUUGUCUAAUGCAACAUUUGGAUAGUACCAUUAUUGGGUAUGUUUUAUGGGAGGCUGUAGCUAUCAAGUAUGAGACAUCAAAGCUUUAAAAAAUAAAAGAUGAACUCCCCAAAUCCCUAACUUUGCAUAAUAAAUCUCAUUACAAUUGAAUGUACCUAAACCUUUAAAAAAAAAAACUAUAAUAUUUGAUUUUUCAGCCCAUAUAACUUCUUUGUUCUCGGUUACUUAGUUCUACAGGUUACUCCCUACUUUAUUAAAUAAUUCUUCAUUUGCUUUAAAUAUAUUCUUCAAACUUCAGGAUCUGCCCUUAAUUAUUUUAUUUCAGGAUUUGGUCAAGAGUUCAUUCCUAUUCUUUCUAUCCCUUAAAUAAAUGUUUAGCUAUAUCCUCUCUUUUUCUGUGUCAACCCAGUCUCACUAUGCACUCCAUUAGUUGCGUCUAAAUUUUGGUGUAUUGUGAACAAAAUUAUAUAUAUGCAUAUAUAUAAAAUCAUGAGAAAAGGAUUAUUAAUCUACUUCUGGAAGAGACAGAGACAAGCCCAUUAGCUAUCCUGAGCCUGUUUCCACAGUUGUAAGAGGAAAUAAUUAGAGUUCCUGGGAUACUUUGGGAAGCUAUAGUUGUCGUGUGGGACGUCAGUCUUUAAAAAGAUUUUAAAGGGUGUAACUUUCCCAAAGUCGCAGAGUUAUUAGGGUGGCAGAGGUAGGAGUCAGUGAUACACUGGCUCCUCAGUAUUCUUCUCCAUCUAGGUAUCUGCCUUUCUUGAAUUGCUUUGAUUUCAGCAGCCUGAGGGCUGCCCUGAUGGAGAAGAGACUAUUUUCUAACAGCAUCCUGCAAGUUUGGUCUACUCACCUCUUAGUCAGUAACUUUCUAUUUCAGUCCUCCAGGGCUGUUCGCUAGGACUGGACCUCUCAAACUUCUUGCAUUUAGCAAGUACAGAUGUAAUCCACCUAGUUUUCUAGUGGAAUCUUCAAGUUGACUGUUAUAACAGUCCAAGUUACUUACCUUUCUGCUGAUAUUAUCUAGUGAGAAAUGUUACACGGUUGUUAAAUUUAGAAUAUAAAACAUAAUUUCUUGUUUUCUUUUUCCAUUUCCAUUUUUUCCUUUACAAAAUUUCCAUACAACUUUUACAUUUUUUUUUUUUAACCUAUCUGAACCCAGAAAUUUACUUUAAAGAGUUUGAGAACUUUCCAGUGUGUUACUAGUCCUGCCAAAUGGGUCUGCACUGGUACUUGGCAUGCCUUUGACAUACAGGGAAGUUAGUUAUGUUAUGUGUAUAGUAUUCUAAUGCACCAGUGAGUCCUAAACUCACUUCAGAUAUGCCUAAUACUUGAUUGAGGUUAUAUGCCCUCUUGUGGUAAUACACUUAAACUAAAUGCAGAAGUAGUGCUAUAUUACAAGUAAAAUCAAAUAGUUGAAUGGCUAGGAAAUAUGGAUCUUGUUUUCCUAAAACAUUUCAUUGGGAAGCGUUAACUGUAAAUAGCUAAAAUAACCAUGCAAAUGGAUUACUAAAAAUUUUAAGGUACUAUAAGUGUUCUUGGUAACAUUCACCAUGUGAGAAGCAUAAUUAUCUAGAUCUGACAUUAACAGUUAUGAGCCAGGAAUGGUGCUAAACACUUUAGUAUGUUUUAUAUAAUGAGAAAACUGCUUAAGGAAAUACUUAGCAAAAAUUUUCACUCUGGCCAAUGAACUCUUGUUUAUUAGCCAAAACGGAGUAUGCAGGACCAGGGACAAUUGCAUAAUGGCUUAUAGUAUUUCCCUAUAAAUGAGAACAUUUCUUCACUUAGAUAUGUUUACACAAAUUAAGGUGGUAUUUAGACACCCAGUUAUGAUAAGUUUGGCUCAGAAUAUUGAAGGGAGGCAAGGCAGUUACGUUAAAUAAUUGAGACAACAUUGAAGAGGAACCCUGUCUAAAGAUUUGUGUGCUGUUCUGAGUCCUGAACUAGAAAUUUCAGGGCAGUAUAUGUAGUGUUACAACACAAGUAGGUAACUACAUUCGUAGGGGAUCUUUAUAGAUUAGCUGUUCUUUUAUUUGGAAGUAAUAUAAAUAUAUCUUUAUCAGUACUGGGAAAAGAGAAGGGGUAUAGGUAAAAUAUUAAGUGUUUUCAGCCAUACUAAUAUUGGAGAGUAUCUGUAUUUAUAUUCAGUGGGAAUUGUGGUGACUUCACCUGUGUACCCACCCCUUGUAUUUCAAAGUCAUGGGUGGAAAUAUUUUAAAGGCAAUUGGCCAUCUUUAUUAACAAAGGAGGAAAGACCCUUCUGAGAUCCUGAAGUAACUACUUUCCUUUAGAAAACAUAUCCUGGCAAUGUAUUUUUCUGGGAAGGCAAUGGUUUUAACUCCAGAUGCUAUCCAAUUAUUCUUCAAAAUAAGUGUCAAGAACAUCUGGUAGUUAGAAGGCAUAUGUAUAAAAAUAUGUGCAUCAUCAUAUGCCUAGUCUUAGUACAAUUAGUGUGCAAAGAGAACCACUGGAAUUUAGACUCAGAGUCCUUAAAAAAACUCUGAUUCUACUAUACAUUAGCAGAGUUAGGUAUUAUAAUUACAGGAAAACUUAGAAAUAUUCCAUGUUUGUAAGGUAAUUACUUAAGUUUCUUCUCCUAUUACCAUAAAUUUAUAAGUUAUUUCUGUUAAUGUAAUUUCUGUAGUAUCUUUAGGUUGAUAUUUUAAAAUACAACUAUCACUGUAAGGGCUGAACAUUCUACACAGGCAUGGAUCAUGGGAGAAUGACUAGGUAAGAAUGCCUUGAGGGUUCUGGUUUUUGUUUAUUUCCCUCGGAACUUUUCACUUGCCCCAACGUUAUAUGUUUAUGCACUGGAUAUAUUUGCAAAACACUUAGAAUAUUUAACUUCUCAGAGUACUGUUAUACUGAAACGUAGUAACACGUGGAAGAAGGAGUGAAUGAAGGUAAAAGGGAAGGGAAAAAAAGACAUGAUGAAAAAAUCAAGUGGAAACUGCUACCCUGUACUUUUCUCAUGUAAGAGUUAGAAAAGGAUUUUUAAUGACUUGGUUCAUUAUUAACUAAUGGACGAUAUUUUCUCUUUUGCAGAAGUCCACAAAAGGAAGAUAGGAUACCAAUGGCAGAUGAGUACUAUGAAUACAAGCAUAUAAAAGCCAAACUGAGACUAUUAGAGGUCC